AUGGGGAUAACUGCAUUCUUGGCAAAGAAAACAAGUUGGUCAAAAUGGGGAAAAAAGAUAAGAAAAAGAAAGGGCCAGGGUAUAGAAAAAACUGCAGCAAAAACUGAAAAGAAUUUGUCCAAGAAAUUAAAGAAGCAGCUAACCAAGAAAGGAGAAGAAAGUGUGGAGCUGAUGAUUGGCCGUUUGGUGGCUGAGGAAGAGCUGAAGAAAGAGAUUGUAGAAAAGGUUUCACCACCACCACCAGCCAGAAGCAGUUUUACCAUGUGUGCCCAUCCUGAAAGGGAUGAGAUUCUGCUGUAUGGUGGUGAAUAUUUCAAUGGCAAAAAUACGACGGUGUUCGGCGAUCUGUACCAGUACCGGUGCCGGGCGGCGGAGUGGCGCCUGCUGCAGUACCCGCGCGGCCCGCCGCCGCGCUGCGCGCACGCGGCCGUGGCGGCGCCGCUCGGCGGGGGCCAGCUCUGGCUGUUCGGCGGCGAGUUCUCCAGUCCCAGCGGCGAGCAGUUCCACCACUACCGCGACCUCUGGUGCCUGCACACCAACGCACGGCGCUGGGAGAAGAUCAGCGCGGCGGGCGGCCCGUCCGCUCGCAGCGGCCACAGGAUGGUCUACUACCAGAAGCAGCUGAUCGUGUUCGGCGGGUUCCACGACAACCUGCAGAGCUUCCAGUACUUCAACGAUCUGCACGCGUUCGAUAUCGACAGGCGCGAGUGGCGCAAAUUGGAGGUGUCCGGUCAGGGCCCGUCGGCCCGCUCGAGCGUGGCCAUGCUGGCGCUGGCCGACGGCCGCGUGCUCGUCUACGGCGGCUACUGCAAGGAGAAGGUGAAGAAGAACGUGGAGAAGGGCACCACGUUCAGCGACAUGUACCGGCUGACACCGGACAAGCACGACCUGAGCCUGACGCGCUGGCGCUGGAGCCAGGUGAAGCAGAGCGGCGCGCGGCCCUCGCACCGCAGCGGCAUGAGCGGCUGCCUCGUGCGCGGCGACAGCGUGCUCUUCUUCGGAGGCGUCACAGACGAAGAGAGUGACGACAAACUCAAGGGUACCUUCUUCAACGACAUGUACAUGCUCGACGCCGGCAAGGGCGUCUGGCACACAGUGACCCUCUCUGGCCGGCGGGACCCCGCCCGGCGGCGGCGCCGUCGCCGCGCGGCAGACGACCCGGCCCCCGAGCCGGCGGCAGCGGCGGCAUCGGGCAGCGGUGACCCCGCCGAGCAGCUGGAAGCGAUGUCGAUCGAGGAGGAGGCGGCGGCGGUGGCGGCGCCGUCGCCGCGCGCCCGGGCCGGCCUGGCGGCUCGCGCCGGCCAGCUGUUCCUGUACGGCGGCCAGCUGGAGCGGGGUAGUGUAGAGGUCACGCUCAGCGACUUUUACCAGCUCGGCGUGAUCGUUUGA